UACGGCAGUGAGAAGAAGAUGGCGGAGGUAACGAAUGAAGCAGAGCUACUCAAGGAGAAGGCAAAUAAGUUCUUCAAAGAAAAGGACUACGAAAAUGCUAUCAAGUACUACACGGAGGCUCUUGAGCUUAAUCCAUCCAAUGCCAUCUACUACAGCAACCGAAGCUUGGCAUACCUGCGCACAGAGUGCUAUGGAUAUGCCCUGGCAGAUGCUACGAAGGCCCUGGAGGCAGACAAGAACUACAUAAAAGGAUAUUACCGCCGAGCAACUUCCAACAUGGCGCUGGGGAAAUUUAAAGCUGCACUUAAGGACUACGAAACGGUAGUAAAAGUGCGACCGAAUGACAAGGAUGCAAGAAUGAAGUGGCAAGAAUGUAACAAGAUUGUGAAACAGAAGGCGUUUGAGAGAGCCAUCGCAAGUGAUGACAAAAAGAAAUCUGUUGUUGACUCUCUGGAUAUCGAAAGCAUGACCAUCGAGGACGACUACGUAGGGCCCAAACUUGAAGAUGGGAAGGUGACGUUACAGUUCAUGAAAGACAUGAUGAAUUGGUUUAAAGAUCAGAAGAAACUGCAUAGAAAAUGUGCUUAUCAGAUAUUAGUUCAAGUAAAGGAUGUUCUAUCAAAGCUACCAAGUCUUGUUGAAAUCACGAUAAAAGAGACAGAAAAAUUAACCAUAUGUGGGGACACCCACGGGCAGUACUACGAUCUACUUAACAUCUUUGAGUUGAACGGUUUACCCUCAGAGACCAAUCCUUACCUCUUCAAUGGUGACUUUGUGGACCGGGGCUCUUUCUCUGUUGAGGUCAUUCUCACCCUAUUUGGCUUCAAGCUGCUUUACCCAGACCACUUCCACUUGCUUCGAGGUAACCAUGAGACGGACAACAUGAACCAGAUGUAUGGGUUUGAAGGGGAGGUCAAAGCCAAAUACACAGCCCAGAUGUUCCAGCUGUUCAGCGAGGUCUUUCAGUGGCUUCCUCUUGCUCAGUGUAUCAACAGCAAAGUACUGGUCAUGCAUGGAGGACUUUUCAGUGAAGAUGGCGUCACAUUGGAGGACCUCAGGAAGAUUGAUCGGAACAGACAGCCUCCAGACUCAGGUCCGAUGUGUGACCUGCUGUGGUCCGAUCCACAGCCUCGGAACGGCCGGUCGAUCAGCAAACGAGGAGUGAGCUGUCAGUUUGGUCCAGAUGUGACGCAGCGCUUCCUGGAGCAGAACAAGUUGGACUACAUCGUGCGAAGUCACGAGGUCAAAUCGGAAGGCUACGAGGUCACUCACUCAGAAAAAGUCAUCACCGUGUUCUCAGCACCCAAUUACUGUGAUCAGAUGGGAAACAAAGGAGCAUACAUCCAUCUCAGGGGAUCAGAUCUCAAACCAGAGUUUCAUCAGUUCACUGCUGUGCCUCAUCCGAAUGUCAAGCCGAUGGCUUAUGCCAACACAUUAAUGCAGCUGGGAAUGAUGUAGAGGCAGCACACAUCCCGUCGGCGACGCUCGUGACCGGCCGUCGCUCCCGAAUCAUCCCUGCCACCUCAGUCUCUCCGGUGCUCGGACAUGUCCUCAUUCAUGCUUAGCCUAAGGAAUCCCCUCUCCCAUUCAAGCUCCAGCUAGUUGUUGCACAGAAACAGAUGCGUUGUUCUGAUGGGACGAGCGCACUUAGACAAGCCCAGUCCAGUUUUCUUUUUAUUCCUUCACAAUAUUUUUAAUGGAACUGGAAAACUCCACGUCUCCGUUGUCAAUUUGCCUGCUAAUGUGUGCCAUUGCUGAGUUAAGGAAACCAACCAUGAGAAAUUCAGAUCCAUCUUCUUUGAGCUGCUUGGUUUUUAAACAAUGGCUUGAAUUAACUGGUUUGUACCAAAGAUAUGUAAUGAAAAUGAUUGUUCAGAUUUUAGCUAGAGGAACUUUUGACUCUGGAAAUUUGCAUAAUGUUGACGUCCAUUCACAGUUAAACGGUUUCCAGGAGGAUGUAUGGAUCCACAUGUCUGUCAGUGUUUCUCAAACCAAUCUACAGUAUAUCAGUUCAGCUAUAUUUCCAGAAUAAAAUCAGACUUUUUCUAAUCAAAAUAUACUGUGGGUACAGUCCUAAAGGUCCUGUUUGCCAUUAGUGAUGUAUUUUGCUGGUAGCGUUUAUUUUGCACUUCUGCAAUGCUUCCUGUUGGGGAAGAUGCCGUCGCUCCACGUUUUCCAUCUUUCAUCAAUAUUGUGCCGCUAUUUCGGCAGCUCCUGCACAGUCCACUCCAACUAGUGAGCAAACACUGAUGGCACUCUAGUCUUCAAGAUGUAUUCAGACAUAUUACCCCAUGUGAGAAUUUCUACAUAACACAAACGUCCAGAAUACGAUCCUGUCGUGAAACGCACAGUUAUAUUGUCUAAUGGCCCUGAACUUUUUAGGUAAAUAAAUACACUUUAGUGUAUGUAUAUAUACUGUAUCAUUUAAAGAUUCUGUGUAUUGUUUGGAGAAAAUUGAAUAAAAAAAGCCAGUCCAGUGAUUUUAGAAACAAACUGGUAUCUUUAUUUACAGAAUGA